AUGGCAAAAAAUACCGACUAUGAAGGCGCCAAAUUCAACAAGCCUAGCGACUGGGAUGAAUGGAGACAAGCCUACGAAAAGAAGGCUGAAAAUGCUGGAAUUCUUAACUACGUUCAUCCAAACCCCAAGCUGCGGAAGCCAUGGCCAACUGAACCGGCAGUACCGCAAUACGACGACUAUCAGAAGAAGCAGCUCCGUCAAGCUGUACGAAGCUCCAACAACAACAAUGAUAACGACGACGAAAACGUCAACAGAAGCGCUGCUCGAACGCGCGCUGCAACCGCAGCCAGGUCCGCAAGAUCGCGAACUACCAGAAGAUCAUACAUCGAAGUUAGUGAUCACAACCCAGACGACGAAAACGACGAUACACCACAAGCAAGUGACUCGGAGGAAGAGGAGGAACCCGAACCCGAUGCACCAAAGAUCACAAAGUUAUCAGACCUCACCGCUAUUGGCCAAACAGAUUGGAAAUCCGAUUUCGAGAUGUACAAGGAAAAGAAAAGUACUUACAACGCCAAAACCACUCAUAGGUCGAAACUCUAUGACUGGAUCCUUAAGAGUAUCGGUCCAAACUAUUGCCAUAUAACCAAAGGAAAGGAUAUACCCGAUAUAUAUCAAGCGCUUAAAGAACACCAAAUCAAGACUUUCGAACGAAAGCUCGGAGAAUGGACUACCCGCUGGCAAAACCUAGUUAGCGAAGGCAUCGAACAAAAGGUACCACAGAUUGCUACGCCAAGCUCAUGGUAUGAUGACCUUACUGUCGCCUUGAAGCAAAUAAGAGAUGGAAAGACUUGGGCCCUAGGCGAGCUUGCAACCCUGGAAGAAAACAUCCUC